UCAGCCUCUUUAUAAUCCUCCUUCUCUGUGUCUAAGUUUAGACAAGUCUCCGCCAAAACCCAAAAAGAAGAAAGAGAAAAAUGGUGUCUCAGCCUCUGAAAAUCAAAAUACCUUCCUUCUCUGUUUGAUCAAUCAAACCCCCCCACCCCACCUUUAACGUUUUUUUACUUUUCCUCUUUCCAUGCAAUAGUAGUGAACAAGAAGAAAGAAAGAAUCUUCAUCUUCUUUUACAAAGACCCCAAGAUUUUUCAAUUUGAAGACAGGAAGAAAGGGCGCAAGCGAAAAUGAAGAACGAAGAACAAAUAAGGACUCUGUUUGGUAUUAAUUUAACAAGUAGACCAAUUUGGCAACAAUUUCUUAUUUGUUCUUCUGGGUUUUUCUUUGGUUACCUUGUUAAUGGCAUCUGUGAGGAAUAUGUGUAUAAUAGGCUUCAAUUCAGCUAUGGAUGGUACUUCACAUUUGUUCAAGGGUUUGUUUAUUUGAUACUACUACGUUUACAAGGUUUUACAACAAAACAUAUGGUGAAUCCAUGGAAGACUUAUUGGAAACUAUCAGCUGUUCUUAUGGGUUCUCAUGGAUUAACUAAGGGUUCCUUAGCUUGGCUUAAUUACCCAGCUCAACUUAUGUUCAAAUCAACCAAGGUAUUGCCUGUGAUGAUAAUGGGAGCUUUCAUUCCGGGUCUAAGACGGAAAUACCCACCUCAUGAAUACAUUGCAGCUAUACUUCUUGUCAUUGGGUUGAUAAUGUUUACAUUAGCCGAUGCUAAUACGUCUCCGAAUUUCAGUAUGCUUGGGGUUAUUAUGGUUUCCGGUGCUUUGAUUAUGGAUGCGUUUUUGGGUAAUUUGCAAGAAGCAAUUUUCACUAUGAAUCCUGAAACAUCUCAGACGGAGAUGUUAUUUUGCUCAACUGUUGUUGGGUUACCUUUCUUGAUUCCACCUAUGCUUUUAACCGGAGAAAUCUUUAAAGCCUGGAAUGCGUGUUAUGAGCAUCCAUACGUAUAUGGAGUAUUGGUGUUCGAAGCAAUGGCCACCUUCAUUGGUCAGGUAUCUGUUCUGUCUCUCAUUGCAAUCUUUGGAGCUGCCACGACUGCUAUGAUCACGACAGCAAGGAAAGCUGUAACACUACUGUUAUCAUAUCUGAUAUUUACGAAGCCGCUAACUGAGCAACAUGGAACAGGACUCAUUCUUAUAGCAAUGGGAAUUGUAUUGAAAAUGUUGCCUGAAAACAAAAUCCCCACUCUAAACAAACCUUCUCCUAUUCCAAUGAAGUCUUAUGACAAUGAGAAGAAGACCCUCACAGAAGAUGAUGAAGAAAAAAGACCUCUAGUCUGAAAAUAUUUGUUAGUUUACUUUGUAAUCUGCCACACACAUACAAAAAUGGGACAAAAUAGGAUGUGGUUUACACUUUAGUUUUCUCGUAUGUGGCGUGUAGUAAGAAUACUCGCAAUGGUAAAAAAAACAGUCAUAAAUGAAAGAUGUAAGUCUUAAGUUUUAGUAGAAAAGAAAGUUUAGAGCAUAGAAAAGUUUCAUUAUAAUUUCAUUUUGUUUUGGGUUUU